UCUAACAAGGUUAUGUGAAAUAGCUGUGCAAAGAUCCUAAGUGGAUGUGACCUUAGAAAGUGAUUUGUAGGGUCUGUGCAGUAAAUUCUUGUUUCAAAGAUGGAAAUCCUGAGAGCUACAAAGUGUUUUCUAAAGACCAGAGUAUAAGUGAAUGUGUUGCUUAUAAUCUCAGAUACGUUGAGAGUAAAUUAAUUUUAUAUUGGAGAGAAGAUCAAAACUUUAAUUUUGCAUAAAAUUCUGCUCAGAAAUAAAAUAAAUGGAGAUGGAGGAACGCUUUUGGAACACAGCUAAGGACGACCUGCUCCGCUGCUGAGAGUCUUGAGGCCGACUUUAUGUUAGAGGAGGUCUUGGCAGGACGGAGCCUCCUCACCAUGAGAGGAGUGCCCCCAGGCUGGCUCAGCGCACUGGUCCUGCUGGCCUUCUCCCACAGCGUGGCUCCCGUGGUUCUUCACAAUAUCACUCUGCUGGAGGAGAUUCUGGAGAAGUCCUCCGCCUUGGACAGGGAGGCGGAGAUGCCCAGGUCACGGGGGCGGAGGGCCAUCACAGAGAGCGACAUGCGGCUGAUCCUAGAUCUGCACAACAAACUUAGGGGCCAGGUUUACCCACAGGCUUCCAACAUGGAGCACAUGGUCUGGGACACGGAGCUGGAGAGGAGUGCAGAAGCCUGGGCCUACGCAUGCCGCUGGGAGCACGGCCCCGCACACCUCAUGGGUCAGAUCGGACAGAACCUGGGGACUCACUGGGGAAGAGAUCGUCCUCCCACAUUUCACGUCCAAGCCUGGUACGACGAGGUGAGGGAUUACUCCUUCCCGUACCCCCAGGAAUGCAACCCCUACUGCCCGUUCCGCUGCUCAGGGCCAGUGUGCACCCACUACACACAGAUGGUGUGGGCCACCACCAAUCGGAUUGGGUGUGCGAUCAAUGUCUGCUACAACAUGAACGUCUGGGGCAUGAUCUGGGCCAAAGCUGUGUACCUAGUGUGCAACUACUCUCCCCCGGGGAACUGGUACGGACACGCGCCUUACAAACACGGCCGCCCGUGCUCAGCCUGCCCUUCCAGCUAUGGCGGGGGCUGCAGAGAUAACCUCUGCUUUAGCGGGGGUGGUGUGGAAGAUCACUACCCCCCAGAGGUGGAGGAGAGCAACUACAUUGAGCCUGAAGACCCAAGGGUUCAACAGCCCGCAGAGAUGGCGCCCCGCCCAACAUCAGCCCCCCCCCAGCAGAGCAGGGACAGGAACACCGUACAGGACACACAGCAGAUGUCUCAACAGGUGUCUUGUGAGACGAAGCUACGGGACCAGUGUAAAGGAACGACCUGUAACCGGUAUGAAUGUCCAGCUGGUUGCGCCAACAGAGAAUUCAAAGUGAUAGGAAGUGGUUAUUAUGACAUGCAAUCAAGUAUUUGUGGGGCUGCCUUGCAUGCAGGAAUAAUAGAUGACUAUGGUGGCUGGCUGGACAUCUCCAGACAAGGCUGGAAAGAGCACUUCACCGCGUCUUACAGGAACGGGGUUCAGACAUUGGGAAAAUCCCUGGGUGCAAAUGCCUUCACAGUCUCGAAAGUGCCAGUAAAAGCCAUUACAUGUGACACUACGGUGGCACAGUACUGCCCGUUCAGAAAACCUGUCAGGCACUGCCCAAGACUAUACUGUCCUCGACACUGCCUGCAGGACAGGCACCAAUCCAUGCGAGUCAUCGGAACACGCUUCUAUUCAGAUAAGUCGAGUAUAUGCCGGGCCGCCGUCCACGCUGGGGUCCUUCAGGAUGAUGCUGGAGGCUAUCUCGAUGUCAUGCCCAUUGAGAGGAGGAGGGGAUAUACUGGCUCCUACCAGAAUGGUGUUUCAUCAGAGAGCCUACAUAACCCUACAGGAGGUAAAGCCUUCAGAGUCUUCAUGGUCAUCUGAUUAUCUACAAUCAGCAUGGCCAUGGUCAUCUGAAUAUCUACAAUCAGCAUGUUCAUAGUCAUCUUAUAUACAAUCAGCGUGUUCAUGGUCAUCUGAUUAUCUACAAUCAGCGUGUUCACAGUCAUCUAAGAUCAGAGUGAUCAUGGUGAAUUGAUUCAUCUACAAUCAGCGUUUUCACAGUCAUCUUACAUACAAUCAGAGUGUUCACAGUCAUCUGAUUAUCUACAAUCAUCAUGUUCAGUCAUCUAAGAUCAGAGUGAUCAUGGUCAACUGAUUCAUCUACGAUCAGCAUCUUAUUUACAAUCAGUGUGAUAAUGGUCAAUUGAUUCAUCUACAAUCAGCAUCUUAUUUACAAUCAGUGUGAUCAUGGUCAAUUUAUUCAUCUACAAUCAGUGUUUUCUCAGUCAUCUUUUAUACAAUCAAAGUGAUCAUGGUCAACUGAUUCAUCUAUGAUCAGCAUCUUAUUUACAAUUAGUGUGAUCAUGGUCAAUUGAUUCAUCUACAAUGAGCAUUUUCACAGUCAUCUUAUAUACAAUCAGAGUGUUCAUGGUCAUCUGAUUAUCUACAAUCAGCUUGUUCACAGUCAUCUUAUAUAUAAUCAGAGUGUUCAUGGUCAUCUGAUUAUCUACAAUCAGCGUGUAAACAGUCAUCUUAUAUACAAUUAGAGUGUUGAUGGUCAUCUGAUUAUCUACAAUCAGCGAAACAGUCAUCUACGAUCAGAGUGAUCAUGGUCAAUUGAUUCAUCUACAAUCAGCGUUUUUACAGUCAACUUAUAUACAAACGGAGUGAUCAUGGUCACCUGAUUUAUCUACAAUCAGCAUUUUCAUGGUCAUCAGAUUCAUCUGGGUAACGCUUUACUUGAAGGGGCACAAAUAACUUAGUCACUCAGUUACUACUCGAGAACAAAUCACGUUCAACUAAUAUUGUUCCGCAUGAAGUAUGUAAACCAUCAUAAUUGAUUAAUGAUGAAUGAACAUGGGACCAAUAUGUAACUAACACUUUUUUUACUGGUUAAUUUAUGCAUUAAGUAAUUGUGUACUACUACAGUACAUCGCGCCCCCUCAAGUAAAGAGUUACCUUCAUCUGUUUUCACUGUUCAGUAAUGUUCAAGAUUACCUGAUUUAUCUACAGUCAGAGUGUGUAUGGUCAUGUUAUUUACAAAGUUCUCAUAAUCAUCUGAUUCAUCUACAUUCAGAGUGGUCAUUGUCAUCUACGAUUAGAGUUGAUGGUCAUCCUAUCUACAGAAUGUUCAUAGUCAUCUUAUCUACAUCCAGAGUGUUCAUGGGUAUCCAGGUGUUUAUAUCCAUCUGAGUUCAGCCUGAAAUUAUUAAGAUCCCAUCCAUGAAAACUGUAGCAAGGCCUGAAAUUCUGGGGAUGGACCACAGGUCACAUGUUUUCAUUGUCAUUUUCAUUUUUGACUGCAUUGGAAGCAUUGCUAUGAGUCCUUAGUGCUAGGUCUAGUAAUCACAAUCAUUCAUUAUAUAAAUAUUAAACUAAAUGCUUAGUGGUAGCAAUCUUUCACUAUUAUUAUCUAGUGCAGAUCCAUGUUAUUGGCUACGCAUUUAUCUGUUUGUGAAGAUUGCGAAAAAUGCUGUACAAACAACGGAGAUGUGAGUGUAAAUCAGUGCUCCUGUAGUGGGACCAUGACUGGCUUCGACUGCGUAUAAGACAUAUUUCACAAUCAAUUUAUAUGGAAAAAGAAUCCAGCAGGAUGAUAGACCCCCCCAAAAAAUACACACAGACAAAAACAUAUCAAAACUGGGCUGCGCCUUGUGUCACAAUCAACUGGAUUGAUUAAUUGUACCCGGGGAGAUCUAUUUAAUAAGAU